UGUUACCGUUUAGGAGAACAUCCUCGUAUCAAAAGAGGACUCCGAGGUCAUAAAGGUGUCUGACUUUGGGGCAUCCCGUCUGGAACAUCUUAACACCUACCCUGUUACCCAGACACUGCUCUACAUGUCCCCAGAAGUCCUUCUGGAGAAGGCCUACAGCAAGCCCAUUGAUAUGUGGAGUCUGGGCUGCAUCUUAGCCGAGCUCAAGACCGGGGAAUCCCUAUUUCUAGUGAGCACUAAGUUCCAGCUACUGGAGCAAAUGAUGAAGCUGCUGGGUCUUCCUCCGAAGGGGAUGCUGAAGAAGAGUCAGCUUAAGGGAUUACUCUCUGUUCGGAGAAACAGCAGACAGAAGAACAGGCGUCAUCUGUCUAAGGUUCUGGACACGGAUGAAGCACUCUUCAUUGACUUUGUCCAGCGCUGUCUGACGUACGACCCGGCAAAGCGCAUGACUGCGGAGGAAGCCAUGCAGCAUCCCUGGAUUCACGAGCAAAUCCAGAGUCCCAGCUCCAGUUCUGAUGCUGCUCCUCAGCAGUCCACUGACUGGGAGCAUAAGGUGGACUCUACCAGCUGCACAGCCCAGUCCACAUUCAGAGCAAGACACAGACCGGUCGGAUCCAGAGGCAGGAGGAGGGAGCGGGUGCCAAACGACGGAGGACUUAAGGUACGGCCACAGUGA